AUGGAGACCAUCGCUGUUAACCCUGUUUUUGGAGAUAAGCAGUUAAAAAGAAAAUUAGUGAAAUCGAUUGAUUCAGUAAAAAAGAAAUUUAAAUCACUACAGUCGAAUAGGGCGGAGCUAGCUACUUCUCUCGAGGAAACCUUUCAACCGAUUACCAAACCUCUUAAUGUUUUAAUAUCUAAAACAAAAACUUUAACUCAAUCUGAGUCGAAUCCUACCACGCUAUCAAUAAAUGAUAAGCAAGAAAAGGUGUUGAAGACACCUAUCAAAGAAACAGAGUCUGAAUCAGAGAACGAAGAGGAUUUGGAAGAGGAAGUGGGAGAGGAGCAUUCUGAUGAUGAUGAUGAUGAUGAAGUGAGUUAUCAAAGCAGUGAAGAUACUAAAAUGAAUAUCGAAUCACCACACAUUAUGCCUAUCAAUAAGUUCGGUCGAUACUUGAAUGAAAACAACCACUCGUCUCCUUUCGGAGAUAAGCUCUAUAUUGACUACAUCGAGUGUGAGGGAAAAAGACUACAACACGUGCAAAAAGGUGUUUAUAAGGACGAUACAGUUAAUAAAGAACAAUUAGAUGAUGUAUUUGUUAAAUGUCUAGCAAAAAUAAAGGAGAAUAAGAAAUCAAUAUCUGGCUUACUCAUACGACUUCAAGCUUUAGAAGAACGUUUUACAGCACCGAUUGCGAUCGCAUCACCCUCAUUAUCAUCAUUAGUACCUCUGCCUACACCAGUAACUGAUAAAAAGCGUGUUGUGUUAAAACCCGCGAUCGCAUCACCCUCAUCAUCAUCAUCAUCAUCAUCAUCAUCGUUAGUACCUCCGCCUACACCAGAAGCCGAUAAAAAGCGUGUUGCGUUAAAACCUGUUGAAGAGCACUCGGAUUUAAAGAAAGAAAAAAAACAUGACUCUUACGACCCCUUCAACGGCUCCUUUAAAUACCACUUCAACAACCUCUUCAAAGACACCUUCAACACCCACGCCGACGGCAUCUUACACUCACACCAUGCCGCCAACCGCAUCCCCGGCCCCCCGGCCCGAUUACGCACACCUACCCAUUUACUUCCUACAUCGAGGGUACCAUCAGCUGCGGCGGCCCCAGCGGCGCUCGGUAACCUGCCCGCUCCGGCUACAGCACCAGCGUCAUCGACCACGACAGAGCUAGAGGAAUGGACCGAUUGUCCAGAACCACAGGAACCUUGUAUAAGUGAGUCUGUCACAGUCCAUACGCCGUCAUUACCGGCAUCGGAGACGGUGCCUGAUGAGUCCGCGGCACAGAACGCGGCCGCGGGAAAGACCAAACGCACACGGAAACUGGUGGAUUAUAGUCAAUUUUUCUAA